UUGAUUUCCCAAUACAUCAUUUCGAUGAUAAUCUUGAUAAUUGUGGCCUAACAACUAAUUAAUUCAAGGCCAAAAAAAUUUUUUGCCGUGAAGAAAAUUGAUUCAAAGCAAGUGACCUAUGCAAAAUUGAAAUGUCAUUCACGAAAAUAAUUUUUACGUUUCUACGUUUUGUGACCACUGAUCGAGUCUUUCAGAAGGUUUCAGUAUAAAAAAUGGAUCUAAUUGACGGAGACGAUGUAUGUAAAAAACAAGUAUUAGCCGAAAAAGCAAAAAGAAGAAUGGAAUUAAGGGAAUACUUCCUUAUGCAAAAGUCCAAUCCUUUUAAACAUAUGGUGGGUGAGGGAGGCGCGGUUUUUGAUCCCGCUAUAAUAAGAUACCACUCAUUGAUAAUGUAUGAAAGAGAUUGGUUUCGCCCUAGCUUCUCUAACAGCUUGAAAGGAAUUUGUUUCUUGGUGUUUCCGAUGUCGUUACUGUAUUACGCUAUUAGAAAAACUAAACUUUAUGAAGAAGGAAAAAUAAGAAGAGGAGAAGUUGCUUAUAAGGAUAGACGAUUUAAAUUUAUAUGAAACCAAGAAUUUGAAGGGAUUAGUUACAUAGCUGAUAAUUAAAAAUAUAUUUUAUUUGUUUAUCUUGCUUUAAA